GAGGGAUGGAACGAGGGAGGUACGGGAGGGGGGCGUGGCACGCCAUCUAGGAGGAACCCGACCCCGUCUAUGAGUGCCAAGUGUCCCUAGCGCCAGGCAGGCAGGCACCUCUCCUCUCCUCCUCCUCCUCCUCCUGCUGCUCCUGCUCCUGCUCCUGCUGCUCCUGCUCCGCUUCGCCAUGGCCGAGAUGGACGAGCAGGAACGGAAGGUCGUCACGGAGUUCUGCCACCUGCUGGAGAAGUCGAAGCAGCUCUUCAACGGCCUUCGAUCCUUUUUUUCCAGGGACCUUCCUCAGUAUGGUCACAAGCAGUGGCAAGCCUAUUUUGGCCGCACAUUUGAUAUAUAUACAAAACUUUGGAAGUUUCAGCAGCAACACAGGCAAAUUCUAGACUCAAAAUAUGGGUUGAAACGGUGGCAGAUCGGAGAAAUUGCCUCUAAGAUCGGCCAGCUGUACUACCAUUAUUACUUGAGAACGAGUGAAACAAACUAUCUCAACGAGGCAUUUUCGUUCUAUGCCGCCAUCAGAGGCCGAGCGUACUACAGCAGAACCAGUAAAGACGAUCGCUCUGUACAAAUGUCUGAUUUAAUGGUUAAGAAACUACGUUAUUAUGCCAGAUUUAUUGUUGUGUGUUUGUUACUGAAGAGGAUGAAACUAGUUCGGGACCUUGUUAGAGAGUUGAGUAAACAAAUAGAUGAGUAUACAACUACCUAUGAACCUGAUGAUCAACUCGAGUGGUCACUCGUACUGGGAGAAAUCAAGUCAUUCAUCGACGCGGAUAAUUCAGUCAACGUUUUAGAUAUGGAUUCAAACACCAUUGUUCUCUCACACCGGUUGAGUGGACACAAUACACCACCCGUAGAGAAGACGCCCAUGAUGAAUUUAACUUUACAAGAAAUAUUGAUAGUCGGCAAUUGUAAUGACCAGGUUAAAUUCAGUGAAUUGACGAUCGACAUGUUUCGUAUGCUACAGACGUUAGAGAGAGAACCGCAGGAAGAUGUCACCCAGAUAUAUGAUGCCUCUCCUGCGCCAAACAAAAUUCCUUUUGAGAAUGGAGAUACCGGGGGUAGAACGUUAAAGAGAGAAAAUCCUCACAAAUAUCUCCUCUACAAGCCAACUUUUUCUCAGUUAAUGGUUUUUUUAGCUUCUGGUUUUAAGGAAUUGCCUGCCAAUGGUGCAAUGCUCCUUUAUAUCUCAGCCGACGGGGCAUUCACUUCGUCAAAGCACCCUCAGGAUCCUGCUUACGAUUACGGAGGCGUAGUCACUAAUAGCAAAAGAGAUUCAGACCACACAAAUAAGCGUGCCAUGCAACUCAAAGACAUGCACUGUUUUUAUCCGGGAGAUUUGUACGCCUUUACGCGGAAGCCCCUCUUCAUUGUGGUGGAUUCUGACAACUCUCCAGUGUUUGCCAAUAUGCCACAUUACUUUGGGCAGCCUCUGGUGGUACUUAUGUCAGCCCAGGAUACACCAUCAUCUUUUCAAGAUCAGCACCACCGGGGAAACCUCUUCACUCUCUUUUUGCAUUCCCCUCUGAUGGGCAUGUGCUUGGUGAGUCAGAUAUGUGAUGUUCCUAUGAACUUAUGGGAAAAGUGCCAAGGUCUUGUUGACAGAUUCAUUGCCGAAGCUUCACGAUUAGUCACCCGCAGUAGAAACGUUGAUCCCUCAUUUUUACAGUUCUUCGGUGACGACUUCCUCAGGUUAUUAACAUUACGUUUCAUCUUCUGUUCUACUGUCUUAAGAGCGCAUAGAGCAUUUAAGGGUCGACAGUUUUACCCGCGCUGCCAUCCGAGCUUGCCCGAAGGUGAAGUAUUAGACCACCCUAGUUUAUACGCUAUUAUCCUAGAUUUAGCAACUACUCUCGAUGUGUCACACUUAUACUACGAUACACACGACCUCCAAUGA